UAGUCUUUACUUCAUCUUCUUUCUGAAUUAGCUUCUUUACCCCUAAAGUGACUUAUGAAACUUUACCAUGUUUAUCACCAACAAUUUGUAAGGGAGAUCGACAAAACAUAAGAACACAUCUUUUAUUAUUGUUGUUUAAAUUUUUCUGGUUCGCCAUCGUUUUUGCCAUCUAACGUCAGUAAAGAAUAAACGUGUGAAUAUUUUUUAGGCCAUAAUGGAUGCUGAAAGUGUAAAAACUGGACUUACCAUCAUCAAUGAGCUUAAAGACAUGAUCCUAUCAAAUCUGACAGCUGCUGGUAAAGAGAAAGUUGGUGAGAAAAUCAAUACAAAACUUGACAUGUUGGCUUCAAUAAUCAAUGGAAAUGGUUUAUCUAAUUGUAAUACUAAUGCCCAAGGAAAUGCCAACUAUGAAGCUGAGAUUUUAAAAAGACUUGAAGCAAUUGAAGGUAAACUGGAUAUGACACCUAAAGAAACCUUUCCUGACAAAGUGAUAACACAUUCAAGAGCUUCACAUCGAUUAUUUCAUGGAUCUCAUUUAUUAUCGGGAGCUAAUGCUAAAUUUCAAAAAAUACUCAAUCAAUGGUAUGGUGUACCUAAGCAAUCUUGGCGAUGUAUUUUUCGUGCUCAAACACAUAGCUUCUCAGCUGAUUCCUUUCAUCGCCACUGUGAUAAUUUUGCUCCUACCUUUACCAUCGUUUUGGGACAUAAUGGUGACCUGUGUGGUGGCUUUACAGAUAUACCAUGGAGCAUACCUGCUGACCCAAAAGGACGUUAUAUUACUUCAGAGAAAUCAUUCCUCUUUAGUUUGAUUAAUCGUGAAUCAACCGAUCCAAUUAAAUUUGAUGUUAUUAAAAAGCGCUUUGCAAUCGUUCAUCAUCAAAGAUAUGGACCAAUAUUUGGUGGUGGUGCUGAUUUGGCUUUAUCAGACAAUUGUGAUGCAAACAUGGAAAGCUACUCUAAUUUACCUCAUUCGUAUGAUGGGGAACAUGCGAAUAAUUACAUACUCAUGGGACAUUAUUAUUUCUGCGUUAAAGAUUAUGAAGUUUUUACUAUCACCUGAUAAUUUUUUACUGGCUUGGCAUGAAAAUACAUUGAUUCAUUGACUUUUCUGGCCUGGAAAAGAAAAUUGUUACUUUUUAAUGCUUUAUUGAGAGCACGAGAUUAUCAUUAUAUAAUAGUAAUUUAUUACAAUUCAAUCAAACCAUCCAGGGAAAGUUAUUGUUAAAAAUCCCUUCAAUCAGAGCAAUCAAUCCUCGACUUCUUUGUAAAUGUGAAAAUAAAUUACGAACCAAGAAGUUUGAAGUAAUAAGAAAAGUACAAAAGUCUUGACUCAAUUUACUUUGAUAAACCAUGAUUAGUCAUUGUAUUAUCGAAAUAAAUUUAAAUUUCUAUCAAUUGUAUUAUCAGUAUUAUUAGUAGAUUUUUCAAUGUUUCAAUCUUCGGGUUGAAUUAACUAAGGUUGGAGCUAUUAAUAUAUUCUGUUAAACUUUUCUUGU